AUGACUCACAAUGAUAUUGGACAUGUGUAUAAUCUUGAUAAAACACAAACAGAAACUCUUAAAACUUGUUGGAUAACAUUAUUAGAGAGGAUUAGUAAAGAAUCAUCAAUAUCUAUAGAUGAAAUUGUUGGGUCAUCUCAAGGAGAUGUAUUAUUUCGUUCAAUUGGUUAUGAUAAUCCAGAUGUUCUUAUGCUUCGAUGGCUUCGUGCAAGAAAGUGGGAUGUUAACGCUGCUGUUCAACAACUAAUUGAUACUCUUAAUUGGAGAUAUGAACGAGGUGUUGAUAAAUUAUUGGCUAAAGGUGAAAAUGAACUUCUUAUAGAAGAAGUAAUGAGUGGCAAAGCUUAUUUUAUGGGUUAUGAUAAAAUGGGUCGUCCAGUAAAUUAUAUUCAUGUUAAAGAUCAUAUUAAAGAUCAAUUUCCUAUUGAGGCAACCGAAAAAUUAGGUAUUUUAUCAGUAGAAACUGGUCGAAAAUUACUUAAUGGGUCUAUUGAAACUGGCACAGUUAUUCUUGAUAUGAAUGGUUUUGGUAUGAAUAACAUGGAUUAUCAAUUAGUCAAAUUUUUUAUUAAUUUACUUGAAAGUUAUUAUCCAGAAUCACUUGGUCUUGCACUUGUUAUUCAUCCUCCAUUAAUAUUUUAUAGUUGUUGGGCUAUUAUUAAACAUUGGGUUGAUCCAGUUAUUCAAAAUAAAAUACAUUUUCUUAAACAUGAAGAAGAAUUAUUUGAAUUUAUUGAUCCAUCUAAUUUACCUAAACGAUUACAUGGUACACAUCCUGAUUAUAAAUAUAUUCCACCAACAACUGAAGAUAACAAUAUGUUAGCUGCUUUUCGUGCUGAUAAACAAGGUAGAAAAAUUGUUCGAGCAGCUCAUCGAAAAGCUGCUCGACAUUAUCUUAAUGUGACAUUAAAAUGGGCACAUGGUGAUGAAAGUGAAACUUUAUUAGAAGAAAGAAAACAAGCAACUAAACAAUUGAGAGAUACUUUUGAAGAAUUUGUUCCAUAUAUUCAUACUCGUACACAUUAUCAUCGCAUGGGAUUAAUUAAUGAACCAAUUUUUGAUACUGCUUAUGAAAAACUUCGUCAUAGAAAUGAAAUGAAAAUUGUACAAUUUUAA